CGGGACCUUCCGGCGCCCCAUGCCUGGCCCAAAGCCACGCCCGGAACCCCUGGCUCAGGUUACCCCUGAGUGGGGUUGCCUCCCAGAAAAUCUUCCUCCCGCGGCUGAGCCCCGCCGUCAGGCUUGUCAAGGCCCCGAGUUUUGGGGGAGGCGCCGUUUCGGAGGGAGUCCUCGUCUACUGCCUCCGCCUGUACCCAUUCCUACUUUGGUCCCCGCGGCUGCACCCUCCUGCUCCGACUCCUCCAAAGAACUCCCCAUUAUCUCCACACUCGCUUCUCCCCCUCACAUGCAGACCCUGCUCUCCCCGCCUGCCCACCAUCCUGACCUGUCGGCGCAAGAAUCCGCGCCUGUCACCAGCCUCCCAGCCGGAGCCCUGGCCUCACCUUCGGCCUCAGCUGUCCCGACUGCCACUAUCCCAGAGCAAAUGCCCUCACCUGUAGCACCCCCGUCUUCCAUCCCUCGUUCCCCCCCGCCCCUCCUGUCUUUUCCCAGUUAGCUGUUUCUCUCCUAGGGAUCUUUCAUCCCACUGCUUCCCAAACUUUACUACGCCUGCGAAUCCCGGGGGGGGGGGGGGGGGGGAGGCAUGUUAUAAAUGCAGGCUCCUGAGUCCCACUGCCAGUGCCGGUGCUGUGGUGGUGGCUGGGGAUGCCCGGGCAUCUGCUCUUGUACAAGCGGUUCAGUGAACCUGCGAACGCCUCUGGCACCUGCGGGCUGCCACUCUCAUUCGCUUGUGGAGGGACCAGAACUAACAUUGCAGUUGCUUAGUGCAGAGUGGUUUAUUUCCUGGGUGCUCCAGCAUGUCGCUUCCACAGCAGAUAAUUCCAUUCUGGGAGGAAGUGACGGGGGAGCGUCAGAGGCCAGGAAGUGACAUUUGGCUUUAGCAAAGGAAGACUCUUGCUUAAAUUCUUGCGUGUUGGUUGUCUCCAAGUCUGUUUCUGGUGACGGGUUUCCCUCCUGUUAACUGACUGGGAACUGGGCUUUCUUGUUCAAGGAAGAAUUUCUUAUAUACAGCUUCAGAGGUCAGGCUGCUGUGGUCUUAGCUGAACCAAGUGUGGGGCAAAUCCCCAAAGUGGCGUUUGAAGCCCAUUUUUUUCUGUGCCACAUUCGGAACAAGGAUGGGGUAAGAACGUAACAGGAAGUCACACCCUCUCUUGCCAUAGGGAAAAAGUACAAUACAGAGAGGUAUUUAUAACAUUGCACUAGGGAAUUUUAUGCCCGGUUCCGAGGUUUUAAAGAGGUUAUAAUUUAGCAAUGCAUGUUUCGUUACACGUUUAUUUAAUGAACAAAUAUUUGAAUGCCUACUCCGUGCCAGGAACUCGGAUAUAGUGGUGAAUUACAGGGUCAAGGCCUUCCCCUUUGGAGCUUUUGUGAGCAAGUGAAUACACGAACGAGAUGUCAGAGAGCAGUGAGUGCUGAGAGGACAGCAAGAUGAGGGCCAGGGCUUGGGGUGACUGGGUGUUUAGAGAAGGCGCCUCGGGCUGCUGUGAGCAGAGACUUCACUGAGAGUGUUCCACACAGAGGAGGUAGCAGGUGUGAGGGAUGGCGCGGGAGAGAUUGGAGGGUUUGAGGAACACACACAGGAGGCUGGAGGGGCUGUAGCCUGGGGAGGGCUGGCAGUAGGAGAGGAUAAUACCGGAUGGAACUGGAGAGUGGCCAGAGCAACUGUUUCUAGAAGCAUGCCUGUAACUGGGGUGGAUGUAGUCUGCAGUGGCUAGUCUCUGGGCUGCAUUCUGAACGGACUGCUCUGCCAGGCUGCUUGUCCUGACCACCCCCUCCAGAACAAUGCAUCAGGGGAGCCAGCUUGUGCUCAGUCCGCAGAGAGGCCGGGGAGAGGGGUGUGGAGUUUAGUCUAAGCACAGAGGCAAGCACAGUGAGUGUUUGUUAUGCCACCUGGGCGUAUCCCACUGUGCUUCCAUUCUGGAAACAGUAACUGAUUUCAAGCAACUAUGUAGUAGACACAGGGACCCACUGAGGCCAGUGUAGGUGGUGUGCGUGAGAAACUUGAUGUUUGGUGUAACAGUGAACAAGGGGUGGGAGCAGGUUUUGUACAGGUAUAUAUGAGUAACAGGUAAACUAGAGUCACAGGAAGGCCUAAUUCAUCUGUAUCGGGCACUUUGACACUGAGGUUGGAACAGACCCACGUGUGGAAAUAGCACGUGUGGGCUGUUUCACAAGCAUUGGGGGUGGGGUUGUGUAAAUGCAAUCUGGAGUGUAUGGGAUUCUGAGAUAAGUCUUAAAGAGGAACUGAGCGCGUGGCUUCAGUGGCUGUGGGAAUUGCCUGGGUUUUUAGUUUGUUUUUCGGUUUUGAAAGGGUUUUGUGUACAAGUUUAGGUGAUGUUCAUGGACUCCCUUCCUUCUCUUUCGUUGGAGAAUGGCUUUUCCCCAGGGUUAGGCUGCCACCUCCCAGGUCUGGGGGCACAGCGGGUGUUUCUGAACCUGCAGGGCCAGGCUUCUCCCGCUGUAGACAGCUGGUGUAGAUAACGUUCUCUGCUUUUCCUGCCUGCCUUCUGCCUUGGAGUUAGACGACAGGGACAGGGACAGGGAAGAGGCAUCUGAAUUGAGAAGCAGGCUCAUGGCACACUUUUUAUCGAAAAUGUCUCUUGGGACUGUUUUGGUGGCACUUGAGAAAUGGUCAUUGAGUACGUUAACAGGCAUCUUAACAGUCUGGAAACUUCAAUUUAGAGAAUAAAGCCUUGUAAUUCUCUCACAGGUAUCUUCAUUCACAUUGUUUUGAUUUGGGUUUGGUUUUUCAUAUAGCCUAAAAACCAUCCGGUGAAAGCGUGUGUUUCAGUAUUUGCAAGAUUCUGCUGCAUUCGCCACUGCCUAGCUCCACAGCAUUCCCAUCACCCCAGGAAGAAACACUGGGAGGAGCUCCUCACCUCUCCUUCCCCAGCCCCUGCAACCACUGAUUGACCUUCUGUCUCAGUCGAUUUGCCUCUUUUGGUAAUUUUACAUAAAGGGAAUUUUAUAGUAUGUGGUCUUUUGUGUUUAGCUUUUUUUUUUUUUUAAGUGUUUGUUUGCAAGUCAGAGACAGACAAACAGCUCUGUCUGCUAGUUCCCUCCGUGAAGGCCCGCAGUGCUGGGUCUGGACUGUGCUGAAGCCAGGUAUUGGGAGCUCAGUCCAGGUCUCCCAGGUGAGUGGCAGAGACCAUCACCUGCUGACUCCCAGGUGUGCAUUGGGAAGAAGCUGGAAUCCAGAGCAGGGCCAAGAAUCCAGUCACAGUGAUACAGGGUGCAGGCACCUCAGCCAGUGGGUUACCCGCUGGGCCACACACCUGCCUUGCACUUCUUUUACUUAGCAUAUUGUUUUCAGAAUUCAUUCAUGUUGCAUGUAUGAGUACUUCAUUCCUUUGUGUUGCCAAAUAAAAUUCCAUUGUGUGGAUACACCGCAGUUUAUUUACGCGUAUACCAGCUGAUGGACGUUUGAGAUUGUUUCCACUCUGGGGCUGUUAUGUACAAGACAGUGCUGAUAUGAACAUUGGUCUUUGUGUGAACAUGUUUUCACUUGUCUUGGGUAUAUACCCAGGAGGGCACUUGCUGGAUCGGUCCAUACUGUUUUGAGGUUCCUUGGGUUUUGAUCCAGUCCAGAAGGAGAGGAAUUGACUGAGUGUUAUCAGGUCUCCUUCGGGUGAUGGAGGCAGUGCUAAGCGGGGCCCAGCCCCAGUUAGAAGCACAGGAACUGUUUUUAGUUGGAAAUUGGUGCCAGCUUUAGGAUAGCUGUAUGGUGUGGUCCUGGAACAGAAGGCAGGACUCUGCCACUCGUCUUAGACUUAGGAAGUUUCUAGCUUCUCUGGUCCUGGUGCAUGUUGAGCAUCCUCUUAUUCAGAGGAGCACUGGGAGCAGGAGUCAGCAGCUUGGGCUUGGCCCCAGCACUGUCCUGAUUCACUCCGUGGCCUAGCUCACAUUACUUUGGCUUUGUCGGUGUAUUUUCCACAUGUGUCAUCUGUGAAUAAAUAAAAUUUGGACUUGAUGAACUCUAAAUUCCAAGCUGAAAAUUCUGUGAUUUAGAAUCCUUUUGCUAGGACCGGUGCUGUGGCACAGCGGGUUAAAGCCCUGGCCUGAAGCGCCAGCAUUCCAUAUGGGCACCGGUUCUAAUCCCGGAAUGAAGUUCUUGUGUAUUUUAUGAGCAGGGACAGCCAUCAACACGUAGGGGUGAGUGCUUAUGGUGAUGGGGGAAGGAGUGUGAGGAAGCUGUGAGCGGGAGGGGGCAGUAGACAAAGCACCAAUAGCAGGCAUUUGGUGGACACUCAACAUGCACUCAACUCAAGAUGCCGCCUGGUUGGGGCUGGCUUUGUUGUAUGGUGGGUAAAGCCACUGCCUGUGACACCAGUGUCCCAUACAGGUGCCAGUUCAUGUCCUGAUUGCGCGUCUUCCGAUCCAGCUCUCUGCUAUGGCCUGGGAUAGCAGUAGAAGAUGGCUCAAGUCCUUGGGCCCCUGCACCCACAUGGGAGACCCAGAAGAGGCUCCUGACUCCUGGCUUCGGAUCGGCGCAGCUCCGGCUGUUGCGGCCAUCUGGGGAGUGAGCCAGUGGAUGGAAGACCUCUCUCUGUCUUUACCUCUCUCUGUAACUCUGUAUUUCAAAUAAAUAAAAUAAAUCUUUUUUAAAAAAUACUUUUGCUAAUAUCGAAUCAUAUUUUUUGCCUAUCAAAUCAUAUUCUAUUUUUUUAAAGAUUUAUUUUUAUUUAUUUAUUUAUUUGAAAGGCAGAGUUACAGAGAGGCAGAGAGAGGUCUUCCAUCCGCUGAUUCACUCCCCAAAUGGCUGCAAUUGCUGGGCCAAUCCAAAGCCAAGCACCCGGAGCUUCCUCCAGGUCGCAGGUGCAGGCCCAAGAAUUUAGGUCGUCUUCCACUGCUCUCCCAGGCAAUAGCAGAGAGCUGGAUCAGAAGUGGAGCAGCUAGGACUUGAACCAGCGCCCAUAUGGGAUGCCAGCACUGCAGGCAGUGGCUUUACCCACUACGCCACAGCGCCAGCCCCUAACUAUUUUUUAUAUUAUCGUAGUCUCUUGUGAUCUUCCUAGCUGUUACCUUGGGUUGGUUGUGUUGUCUCUCUGUCCCCUUGAGUGGUCCCACGUGGCACAUAUUCUGCAAGAGCCACUGGGUCCUUGGAGCUGAGACAUGGACACAGGCCUUGAUUAGAUGUAUUUCUCUGAGGAGUCCCACUAAAGGAAUGCCCUUAAUCCCGUCAGCAAGUAGAAAGUGGGCAGAGACUGCAUUAAGUUGUGACUUAAUUUCUCUUUUACAACUUGGAGAAAAGUUCCUCUUUGAUCUUUGCAUUAAAGGAACAGGUUGCAGGUAUGUUGGAAAAGGUUGAGUGUUGGGCUCUGAAUAUUGCCAUGGUGGUGGGAAGGACCCGGAUGAGCAGGGCCAUCUGGCCACAGAUGAAUGAUAGGAGCCAAGCCUGUCCAAACUCGCUUUGACCCCUGAACUUUUUGGCUGACACUAGUGUUUCCCAAGUGAGACCUGGAUGGGGGUUCCCAGGACUUCAUAAGAUUUAUUUAUUUACUUGAGAGGUAGAGUUACAGACACAGAGAGGGGUAUUCCAACUGCUGAUUCACUCCCCCAAACAGCCACAAUGGCUGGAGCUGCACCAGUCCGAAGCCAGGAGCUUCUUCUGGGUCUCUCAUGAGGGUGCAGGGGCCCAAGCGCUUAGGCCAAGCACCCAGGCCAUAGCAGAUAGCUGGAUUGGAAGUAGAACAGCGGGGACUCGAGCUGGUACCCAUAUAGGAUGCCCACACCAAAGGCAGAUGCUUAACCUACUACGCCACAGCAGUGGCUCCUGUUCAUUGCUUCUUUCCUUCUUCAUUGCCUUCCUAAUGUGGUUUCUCACCAAUGCCUGAUGCCUUAAACUGCAUUAAUUCACCUAUGGUCCAUGUGGAAAACAGACCAACAAAGCCAGAGUAACUUGAGCCAGGCCACAGAUCAGGCCGCUGACUCCUGUUCCAGGGGCUUCUUCCUGGGUCCAUUGAUGUUCACCCAUACAUGAGGUCCAUUAAGCUGCCAUAGUUGGACAGACCUCCCAGGCUUUGAAAUCCCAUUCUAAGGUUUGGGGUACGAACCUGGGCUAGAAUCCCAGUCUGACACUGAUUAUGUUUGUGACUUUGACCUGGUAUAGUGACUUUGGGCAAACUAUUUACUUCUUUAAGCUUCACUAAUCUUAUUUUAUACGUAUAAUAAAAUUCACCAUUGUAACCAUUGUUAAAGGUGCAGUUCAGUGGCACUAAGUGCAUUCAGAUUCUUGUGUAACCAUCACCAUCCAUCUCCAGAACUUUUCUUACCAUCUGUUAGGGAAUCGAUUUCCUUACUCUUAAAAUGGGGACGCUACUCUUCCUCAGAGGGCUGACGUGGUUAAGUAAAUGGAUGUGAGACCACAGUGCCCAGCACAGAGGUGGUGCUCUGUCACUUUACGCCAGAGUCUGGAAUGUUCCUGGGUGAACUCUCCAGGCCUGUUGCUGGCCCAGCGGAGAGUUCUUUAGAAGUACUCAAGAGGAAGAGCGAAGGAGAGUGCGUGCCUGUGCUUGCUGGCCUCAGGAUUUCAGUUGCUGGAGCCCGGUUGCCUGUGGAUGCUAGUUUCCCCAGGACCUCAUGCUGCCUGUUUUUCCUACUCUCAAAUACCAGUUUCUGGGUGUUUUGUGUGUCUCUGCACAACAGCUCUUCCAGCGUCCAGGAGCUCUGAAAUUAAUGCUGCUUUUCUCAGUCUCCAGCAGAUGAUUUGGUCUUGGGCUUUUUCCUCCCCAUCUUGGAGUUCAUUAGCUCCACGGGGCUGCUUUAGCUGCCAGUAGCCUUCAUUCUGUGCCUGUGUGGCUGAAUUCUUAGGGAGCGUUAACUAGUUGGGUAAUAGAUUUCCGUUAAUUGUUGGCAAAUUCUGCCCCAAAGCCUUGGUUCUCUGUUCUUUCUCUCUAUCCCUCCUUCUUAGUCUGGGGAACAGUUACUGACGGUCUUAAAAUGGUGAUUGUAUCUUUGAGGAAGGAAAAGAAAAAUCUAGCCGUCUGUUAAGGAGGUGCUAUUGCUUCAAAGGCAUGAACAGGAAGCAAAAGGGCCAUUCGGAUUGGCCAGACUGGAUUGCCAGCGGGUGCUAGGGCUCCUGAAAAUAAACAGUUAACCCUGGUCACAGAGAAAUGUGAGUGAAUGAAGUAAUUUCAGUUGUCAGGGGGAAGUUCCUAUUUUUUUAGAGGAAGUUAAUUGUUCACACCUUUCAAACUGGGUGGGGCCAGUGUCCCAGGGCAAGGGGUGCUUUGUAGUCCUGGCAGCCUGUCAUUAGGCGGCUGUUUGGCAGAGGCUUUUUUUCUGAAUGUGCAGCCCUCAAGAAUAAAACACAGAGGGAGGGAAAGACCUUGAUUCUUGGGUAUCUUGAGCCCUCUAACUUUCCAGGUCACCAGUCCUUUGCCAGUGAUGGAGUGUCAGAUGACGGCACACGGGCUUCUAGAUUGCCAUCAGCUUUUGCUUGACUUGAUGCCUUUGCAGUCUUGUGACUUGGAAGCCAGUGGAAGCAAAAUGAUGUCAAAUGAGCUGGUACUCACCUCUUAGGACACCCACUCCUUUUAUGGCUCUGAACAUGCCAAAGGUGCUUGCUGAACACUUACCUCUCUUUUCCUACUGAACUUCAUAUGGGAGUUCCUGAAGUGAUCAAUUAAAAAUUAAAGAGAGGGGGCCAGCAGUGUGGUGCAGUGGGUUAGAGCUGCGGCCUUCAGCGCCGGCAUCUCAUAUGGGCUCCACUUUGAGUCCCGGCUGCUCCCCUUCCGAUCCAGCUCUCUGCUAUGGCCUGGGAAAGCAGUAGAAGAUGGCCCAAGUCCUUGGACCCCUGCACCCACAUGGGAGACCUGGAAGAAGCUCCUGGCUCCUGGCUUUGGAUCAGCUCAGCUCUGGCCAUUGUGGUCAUUUGGGGAGUGAACCAGCAGAUGGAAGACCUCUCUCUCUCUCUCUCUCUCUCUCUCUCUCUCUGGCUCUACCUCUGUAACUCUGACUUUCAAAUAAAUAAAAAUAAAUCUUUAAAAAAAAUUAAAGAGAGAUAGGUAGGAAUUUUCCAAUAAGCAGGUACUUUGUGACUUCCUAGCUUCCUUACAGAAAUGAACUCCUUGACAAACAUCCUCUGUCAUGCUGGCAGGGCUGUUGAGGGGGCAAUGAAGUCACAGAAUCACAAAAGGUUGGAUCAGGCGUCUGAUCAGGGACCCAAGCCCCUUCGGUCUUUGAUCCUCCUGGAAUCAUGUCGCAUUCUGUGUACUGGAACUUGUUCCAGGUGUCAGGAAAUUCUCAGGGGUUCUGACAGUCUCUCUGACGUCAAGAAUUGCUGAUCUGGGGCCGGUGCUGUAGUGUAGGUUGAGCCUCCGUCUGCAGUGCCGGCAUCCCGUAUGGGCACCAGUUUGAGUCCUGGCUGUUCCAUUUCCAAUCCAGCUCCCUUCUAAUACGCCUGGGAAGGCAGUGGAAGAUGGCCCAAGUACUUAGGCCUCUGCUAGCCAUGUGGGAAACCCAGAAGAACAUCCUGGCUUCAGCCUGACCCAGUCCCAGCUGUUGUGACCAUUUUGGGAGUGAACCAGUGGAUGGAAGGUCUCUCUCCCCCCUCCCUUUCUCUCUCUCCCCUCUUUUUCUCCCCUUCUCUCUCUGUAUCUCUGCCUUUCAAAUAAAUCUUAAAAAAAAAAAAAAAAGGCAUUUCUGAUCUGUUUGGUUACGUACAAAGCUGGAGCCAGAAUCCCUCUGCAUCGCUCUUGCCUCUCUCCCCCACUUUGUGUAUACCUUCAGUGGAACCCAUCCACAUAUUUUCAGAGGCAACUCAUUUCUUUCCUGCCUUAAAAUAUAAAUGCAUUUCAUUUGAAUAAGUAUGAUUCAUGUACAUGGAAAAAAGUAUGCACAGCAUGUUGUAUAUCAUAUACAGCUUUUAUCCAUUUUAUUUUAUUUAUUUUUUAAAGAUUCUUUUAAAGAUUUAUUUAUUUGAUAGAGUUACAGAGAGAGAGAGAGGGAGAGAGAGAGAGGUUUUCCAUCCGCUGGUUCACUCCCCAGAUGGCUGCAACGGCCAGAGCUGCGCUGAUCCGAAGCCAGGAGCUUCUUCUGGGUCUCCCACAUGGGUGCAGGGGCCCAAAGACUUGGGCCAUCUUGUACUGCUAUCUUAAAGAUUUAUUUAUUUAUUUAUUUGAAAGUCAGAGUUACACAGAGAGAGAAGGAGAGCCAGAGGCAGAGAGAGGUCUUCCAUCCUCUGGUUCACUCCCCAAUUGGCUGCAAUGGCUGGAGCUGUGCAGAUCCAAAGCCAGGAGCCAGGAGCUUCUUCCAGGUCUCCCACAUGGGUGAGGGUCCCAAGGACUUGGGCCAUCUUCUACUGCUUUCCCAGGCCACAGCAGAGAACUGAGUUGGAAGUGGAGCAACCAGGACUCGAACUGGCACCCAUAUGGGAUGCCAGCACUGCAGGCGCUGGCUUUACCUGCUAUGCCAUAGUGCUGGCCUUUGUCCAUUUUAAAAAGUUACAGAAUGAUAAUGCAUUUAUCAGAGGUAUAUAGUCUGUUUUAGUAUCUCUAACAAAUGUUUUUAUUUAUAAAGUCUUUAAAAACUUUUAUAAACAUUUUCAAUAUAUACAAAAGUAGCAGAAAUAGUAUAAUCCCUAUUACCCAUCACCCAGCUUCAACAAUUACCAUUGUAUUUGCCAAGCUCAUUUUAUCUGCACCUUCUGCUAGCUAGUUAUUUUUUUCUUCAAGCUUAUUAAGGUAUAAUUUAAUACUGUAAAGUCACCCAUUGUGAUUAUACAGUUCAGUGAGUUUGGGGUAUGUGUGUACUUAUGCAGCCAUCCCCACAGUGGCACGAGGUUUUAGAGCAUUUGUAUUACCCCAACAAAUUCCCUCACAGGCAGAGGAUUGAUAUACUGCUGGUCCCUGUUCCCACAGGCAGCCAGCUGCUGAGCUGCUUCUGUCCCUUUGGAGUUGCCUUUUCUGGAUAUUUCCUGUAGCUUGAGUCAUGCGGUGUAUAGACCUUUGCAUCUGCCUUCUUUUUCUUAGCACAAUAUGUUGUUUUAUUUUGCUAAGAUUUUCUAUGUCUUCAUUUUCUAAAAACUCCCCAAAUGCCUGCAACAGCCAAUGGUAGACCAGGCUGAAGCCAGGAGCCUAGAACUCCAUCCGGUCUGCAACAGCCAAUGCUGGGCCAGGUUGAAGCCAGGAGCCUAGAACUCCAUCCGGUCUGCAACAGCCGAUGCUGGGCCAGGUUGAAGCCAGGAGCCUAGAACUCCAUCGGGUCUUCCCACAUAGGGGGCAGGGACCCAGUUACUUCAGCUGUCAUGACUGCCUCCCAGGGUGCACAUUAGCAGGAAGAUAGAAUGGGGAUGGGGUAAAUAGUCAGGACUCAAACCCAGGUACCCUAAUGUGGACCAGGAUCAUCCUCACCUGUGUCUUAACCAUUCCUGGUGUAUCAUCAGCAUUCAGUAAAUGCUUCCUGCUGUUUUUAUCAGUAUCAUCAUUACAUUCUCAUCAUCCUGCAGUGCAGCUCACCUGCCUCAGAAAAAUGUCCCUGUUCCUCCACGUUCUGGCUGGAUGACCAUGGACAAGUUGUUUACACUUCUGGCUCUCAGUUUUACUGUAAUGGUCAUCUGCAAAAUGGUGACAGAAAUUUCAAAGUAGCUGUCAUUGUGAGGAUGGCACAGUCAGUUUCUGUAAGGUGUUCAGCACAAAGCAAAGGGCUCUGUAAAUAGUACAUGGAAGGAAGGGACUGUGCCCACCAGAUCACCUUGUGCUAAGGAGGUGUGAUGGCUUAUCACUUUUCUGGAGUUGUUUUCCUGCUAGGAUGGGUAUUGCCCUAUUUUUGUGUCUUGUUUGGUGUGUGAGUCUACCUGCUCCAUUGGUUUGAGACUUUGAAACAAAAGUGUUUUGAAGUCAUUCAGGAUUUGUUUUUCGUUUCCCUGCAACCUGAGCUCGCAGGGAGCCCAUGAGAUCCCCAGGGUGGUGUAUCAGCUAAAUGUGGAGGAUUCUGUUUCAGAAGAAGGUUAGAACAGAAGUUAACUUCUUAGAUUUAAUUGCCUUGAUAAUCAGAGGAGAUUGUAAUCCUCUGCCCUGGCUUCAAAUCUCAUAUCAAGUAGGGCUGAGUGGUCUGGUGCAGGCUUCGUAGAGGAACACAAGUUUUUGAUUAGCAAGAAAUAAUGGUAAUUUUACACAGAAGGGUAGUGGCUUACUGAUUAUUGUUUUCCAGUCUGUGUUCUCUGAAGCGCCCCCUUCUGCCACAUGGAGCUAUCCUUAUAAACAAGGACACAGGGCCCAGCAAAGUUGUUUGCCCAAAGCAUACAGCCAAGGUGGGCAGUAUAACCCCCAUCCUUACCUUGGGAUCCAAGCUCAGUGUUUUCCCCUCUAUAUGACAGCUGCCUCUCUAUUGUCAUUGUGUAGGUUUAAACCUGGUCAGAAUGAAAUACAGACCCAGCACCUUCCUUCUGAGAGGUGUGUUCCACCUAGGGCAGCCUUUUAUACCUUGACCCUGACUGCACUUUAGGAUCACCUGAAGUGGUGCUUCCUAAACUUUAACUUGUGGAAUCUGCAGAAAGAUAGGUUCUGAUUCACUGCUUCUCAUCAGGGCCUGGAAUUCUGUAGGGCUUUAGUUUUUUAUUACUGUUGGUUUGUUUUCAAGAUUUGUUUAUUUUCUUUAUUUGGUAAGGUUGAGUGGAAGAGCGACAGCUCUCCCGUCCACUGGCUCAUUCUCCCAGUUGGCCAUAACAGGCAGGGCUGGGCCAGGCUGAAGCCAGGAGUCCAGAACGCCAUCUGCUGCUUCCCAGCUGCAUUAGCAGACAGCUGGAUUGGGAGCUGCAUAGCUGGGAUUUGAACUGAUAACUCUGCUAUGGGAUGCAGGUGUUCCAAGUGGCUUUGCCUGCUAUGCCUAGUGCCUGCUUGGAGAGAUUCCGUGUCUCUAACACGCUUCCAGACAAUAGUGAUGCUGCUUUCCACAGAUCUCACUUUGAGUAGUGAGGAUCUAGAAACUUCAAAAAUGCUGAUUCCAGGGACCAGUCUCUCAGAGAUUCUGUCUUUUAAUUGGUCAGGAUGACCAGUAAUCUGGGACAAAAACCUUAGCACUGGUAUUUUUUAAAGCUCCUAGGCUGUUCUGUGUGCAUUCGUUUAGAGGGUACGGGGUGACAGAUGUUCUCAAGGAUUCUCAGCCUAGGUCCUUUGUCAGACGGAAAGGUGGGAGGUAUCAAGAACUCCUUAAAUGUGAGAAUAUUUAAAAAAAAUCAGAUUCUUGGCUGGCACCGCAGCUCACUAGGCUAAUCCUCCCCUUGUGGUGCUGGCACCCCGGGUUCUAGUCCCGGUCGGGGCACCGGAUUCUGUCUCAGUUGCUCCUCUUCCAGUCCAGCUCUCUGCUGUGGCCCGGGAAGGCAGUGGAGGAUGGUCCAAGUGCUUGGCCCUGCACCCUCAUGGGAGACCAGUAGGAAGCACUUGGCUCCUGGCUUUGGAUCGGCAUAGCGCGCCGGCCGUGGCGGCCAUUUGGGGGGUGAACCAACGGAAGGAAGACUUUUCUGUCUCUCUCUCACUGUCUAUAACUCUCUCUCUCUCUCUCUCUCUCUCUCUCUCUCUUUUACUAACUCUGCUCCUGGCCAAAAAAAAAAAAAAAAAAAAAUCAGAUUCUUGGGGCUGGCACUGCAGCAUAGUGGGUAAAGCCAUCAUCUGCAGUGCCAGCAUCCCAUAUGGGCACUUUGUGUCCCCGCAGCUCCACCUCCAGUCUGGCUCUCUGUUGUGGCCUGGGAAAGCAGAAGAAGAUACAGCAAAGUUUAAAAAUCAUAGCACUGGGGCUGGCAUUGUGGUGUCGUGUAUAAGGCUGCCAUCUGCAAUGCUGGCAUCCCGUGUGGGCACCAUUUUGAGUCCCAGUUGCUCCACUUCCAAUCCAGCUCUCUGCUAAUGUGUCUGGGAAAGCAGGAGAGGAAGGCCCAAGUACUUGGGCCCCUGCACCCACAUGGGAGCCCCGGAAGAAGUUCUUGGUUCUUGGCUUUGGACCAGCCCAGAUCCGGCCGUUGCAGCCAUUUGGGGGGUGAACCAGAGGAUGGAAGGUCUCUCUCUUCUCUUUCCUCUCUCCUCUCUCCUCCUCCCCCACUCUCUUCCUCCAUCCCUCUCUCCCCCUCUCCUUCGCUCCCUCCCUCUCUUUGUAACUCUGCCUUUCAAAUAAAUAAUUUUUUAAAAAAAGUUUAAAGAAAAGGAGUCAUAGUGUUCCACUCAUGUGUGAAUGUUUCGGAUUUUUAUCAUCAGAGGUUAGUGGUGCUUCCUUUAGUAAGGAUUUAUUGGGUACCUCUAUCAACAAAGCUAAGUAAGCGAUUAGUACAGGUGGGGAAAUAGCAUAGCAGGUAUGUAAACAGCCACAACUCAGUACGCAAAGUGCUGUAGUGGGGCCUUAAACAAGCACAGACUAAAGUAUUUGUCAGACAAUUUAAGCAACAGUUUUCAAACAUGACAGGUAUGAACGUUUACUCGUGUACUAGAUAAUGUUUUCAUUCUCUUGCUUCCAGUAUUGUCAAUCACUUAGUACCUUGAAAAGGCAGGAGGGAAGAGAAUACUUCCCCCUGUGAGUGUCCAAGGGGUUCUUGAAGGAAGAAGCAUUGCACCCGGACCUGGAAAAUGUAGGUAGGACUUGCACAAGGCAGGUCAGGUGUCAAAAAACAACCUGAACAAGUCUGCUUACAGGGACCACCUCUGUGUCUCCUCUGAGCUCCUGUUUUUCCUACUUACAUCUAAACUUUAAAACAUCCCCACUCAAGAAAUAUAUCGUCAUUUUUAAUGACUACUUAAAUGAAUAAAUAAAUAUAACCUAUGCCACUAGUACUGAGCAUCUUACUAUUAAACAGUGAACUAUUUCAGGACUUUAAAUAAUGCCAUUGUGAACGCAGUUUCGUGUAUAUUUUGAUAUGCUUGCCAUAUUUUUCUUAACAUGACUACAAAGUAGAAUGACAGGGUCAAAGACUGCACUUGUAGGAAGGGCCUUAUUUUUUUCUUUUAAAAAUUUGUAAGGGACUUGCCUGGCAUAGCAGGAAUGCCUGUAACACCAGCAUUCUAUAUGGGCAGUGGUUCAUGUUCUAGCUGUUCUACUUCCAAUCCACCUCCCUGCUUAAGUGCCUGGGAAAGCAGCUAAAGAUGACGCAGGUACUUGGGCCCCUGCCACUCACGUGGGAGACCCAGACAAAGCUCCUGGCUCCUGGUUUUGGCCCAGCUCAUCCCUGGCCAUUGUAGCCAUUUGGGGAUGGAAGAUCUCCCUUUAUCUCUCUCUCCUCCCCCCCCCCCCCGCCCUCUCUCUCUGUAACUCUGCCCUUCAAAUAAAUUAAAUAUUUUUUUAAAAAUUUAAUUUAUUUGUCUGAGAGAGGAGAGCUCUCAACCACUGGUUCACUUCCCUUACCCACAGUGGUCAGGACUGGGGCUAUGCCAGAGGCAGGAACUUAAUCCAGAUCACCCAUGUAGGUGGCAGGGACCCAAUUACUUGAACUAUCACUGGCUGCCUCCCAGGCUGUACAUUAGCAGGAAGCUGGAAUUGGGAGCAGAGCUGGUACUUAAACCCAGGUACUUUGAUAUCCAUCAGCAUCUGAACCACUCAGCCAAACACUCACCCUUGGGAGGCCCUUUUUUUUUUUUUUUUUUUUUUUGACAGGCAGAGUGGACAGUGAGAGAGAGAGACAGAGAGAAAGGUCUUCCUUUUGCCGUUGGUUCACCCUCCAAUGGCCGCCGCGGCCGGUGCACUGCACUGAUCCGAUGACAGGAGCCAGGUACUAUCCUGGUCUCCCAUGGGGUGCAGGGCCCAAGCACUUGGGCCAUCCUCCACUGCACUCCCUGGCCACAGCAGAGAGCUGGCCUGGAAGAGGGGCAACCGGGACAGAAUCCGGCACCCCAACCGAGACUAGAACCCGGUGUGCCGGCGCCACAAGGCAGAGGAUUAGCCUAGUGAGCCGCGGCGCUGGCUGGGAGGCUUUUUAAUACACAGACCAACCUGCCUCUCAGAAGUGAUUCAUGGAGUGGCCAGGCAGCCCAGCUCCGCGAAGGCUCUCAGCGCGCCGCGGCACGCAGGCACCCGGCAUGCGCCCUCCGCGCCGCCAGGAUGCCCAAGAGGAAGGUCAGCUCUGACGAGGGGGCGGCCAAGGAGGAGCCCAAGAGGAGGUCGGCGCGCUUGUCAGUGAAGCCGGCCCCCACGAAGGUGGAAGCGAAGCCCAAGAAGGCCGCCGGGAAGGAUAAGUCAUCAGACAAGAAAGUGCAAGCAAAGGGGAAGAGAGGAGCAAAGGGAAAACAGGCCGAGGUGGCUAACCAAGAAGCUAAAGAAGACCUGCCUGCAGAAAACGGACAGACGAAAAACGAGGAGAGUCCAGCCUCUGAUGAAGCAGAAGAGAAAGAAGCCAAGUCUGAUUAAUACCGUGACACAUAUCAGUGGUCCCUGUCUCCCUUCUUGUACAAUCCAGAGGAAUAUUUUUAUCAACUAUUUUGUAAAUGCAAGUUUUUUAGUAGCUCUAGAAACAUUUUUAAGAAGGAGGGAAGCCCACCUCAUGCCAUUUUUUAAGUGUAAAUGAUUUUUUUUAAGAGGUGAAAUCAUUUGCUGGUUGUUUAUUUUUUGGUACAACCAGAAAAUAGUGGCAUGUUGAAUUCUGGGAGGCUUUGACUGUCUUGGAUGUCAGCUUAACAUUCCAUAGGUGGGGGUGGUUUUUAUAUCCUACAGUACAGCGCAUACUAAAUGGCAAUUUGGAGUCUCAAUUGUGCAUUUAAUCUGUCUUGAAUAUUUUCAGUUACUUCUCCCAUGUUUUGUAGAAUUGUUUCCUACAGAAAACCACUCCUAGUUCUGUCAGAACCAUGUGCACUCUGUAACAUCUUUGGUUGUGGUAGUCCAGUUUUCCUAAUGAUUUUGUUAAUGUGCCAUGAAAGAUUGAAAAUUUGAGUGUCGUGUAUAUGCUAUUAUAUUGUGAAUGGGUGGGAUUUAUGUAACAGCAACAUUUGAAGAUACUUGUACUUGAUAGCCUCUUAAGGAAGAGUUGCCUCCAGAUUUGAAGCUGGAAAGUCACUGGAAUAACUUUUAAAAAAUGAAUGACAAUUCAUGGCUUUUUAGAUUUUUGGUACGUAUGUUAAGAAUUGUGUACAAAUUAAAAUGUAUGUGCUGAUUCUCAACACCAAUAAAAUCUCAAUUAUGGACAAAAAAAAAAAAAAGAAGUGAUUCAUAGCCGGCGCCAUGGCAGGGUCCCAUGCACUUGGGCCAUCUUCCCCAGCUUUUCCCAGGCCAUUAGCAGGGAGCUGGCUCAGAAGUGGAGCAGCUGGGACUCAAACUUGUACUAAUAUGGUUGCUGGCAUCGCAGGUAGCAGCUUUACCCACUACACCACAGUACUGGCCUCAAGGAUUAUCUGGUUUUCUAGAUUAUUUUUCAAAACGUCAGGGUUGAUAUUUCCCCCCUAGACUUUUGGAAUUAUCAUACCAACAAUGCAGGAUUUGUCUCUUAUUUGGAGUAUCUAGAACAUUGGAAUGGAGGAGAAUUAGAGGAAAGAGGGCAGGGUUUGUUGUUCUCGCGUGAAGCCCUCGCAGUCUAGCAGUUGACAGAGGAGUGUUAGCAGAGGGUUCCCAGAAGCAGGUCCCGACUCUUCAGAUGACUGGUCAAGUGAGGAGGUUCUCUAACGGAGAGGAAAUCAGAUGCUGUCACUGAGCACAGUCAGGCUUUCCAUUGCUGUCCAAAUGAAAGGAGGAAAAGCUCCUUGGUGGUCGUGUGUGGAAGGGCGUCCCAUAGUGUAGAGCCUUCCCUCGGGCGUGCAGGAACGUCUGAGGAGGGCUUUCCAAGGAAGUGGUCAGAAGCCCUGGAGAGCUGGAGGGGGCAGAACUGUUUCUCAUUUGCAGUGUUUGAACUAUUGACUAUGUACACUUCAUUGUUUCAAAAAAUUUUGAGCUGUUUUUUUUUAAUAUUUUAUUUUAUUUAUUUGAAAAGGUUACAGAGAGAGGCAGGUAGAGAGAAAUGUCUUCCAUCUACCUGUUCACUCCUCAAAUGACUAAAAUAGCUGGAGCUGAGCUGAUGCGAAGCCAGGAACCAGGAGCUUUUUCCUGGUCUCCCAUGUGGGUGUAGGGGCCUAAGCACUUGGGUCGUCUUCUACUGCUUUCCCAGAUGCAUCAGCAGGGAGCUGGAUGGGAAGUGGAGCAGCCAGGACUCAAACCGGCACCCAUAUGAGAAGCCAAUGCUGCAGGCCAAGGCUUUAACCCGUUGCACCACAGCGCCAGACCCAAGCUGGUGUUUUUUAAAAAGCCUUACUUGUCCAUGGCUAUGUAACAUGUUAACAUUAGGAGAAACUGGGUGAAAGGUAUAUAGGAUCUUGGUUGUAUCUUUGCAAGUCUUUUGCAAAUCCAGAUUCACUUAAAAAUAAAAAGAUUAAGUGUAAAAGACUAAAGGGAAAAAAUGUCUUCCUGUAAGGAAUCCUUCCCCGUGAGGCAAUUUUCUACCUUCUAAUCUUGUCUCCUUCCUUCCUUCCUUCCUUCCUUCCUUCCUUCCUUCCUUCCUUCCUUCCUUCCUUCCUUCCUUCCUCUUUCUCUCCCUUCCUUCCUUUUCUUUUUC